CAUCAGCCAAAAAUACAAUCAAACAGUAAUCUAUCAAGCCAUGACAUUUCGUGAAACUUGCAUCCUUGUGCUCCUCUUUGCAGCUUUAAGUGCAACAAGUCAACGAGUUUGUGACCCAGUGUGCCAAGCUAAAGAACCCUUCAACUGCAAUGAUGUGCAAACUUUCAAUCGAACUGAUUUUCCAAGAAACUUCACUUUUGGUGCAGCAACUUCAGCAUACCAAGUUGAAGGUGCUGCGCAUAGAGCGGUUAAUGGAUGGGACUACUAUACUCACAGAUAUCCAGAAAGAGUUCCAGACCGCACUACGGGAGAUCUGGCAUGCAAUUCCUAUGAGCUUUAUAAGGAGGAUGUCCAAUUACUGAAACGCUUGAAUGUUCAAGCUUACAGAUUCUCGAUAGCGUGGUCAAGGGUCCUACCAAAGGGAAAGCUGAGUGAAGGAGUGGAUGAGAAUGGAAUAAAAUACUACGACGAUCUCAUCAACGAACUGAAAACCAAUGGCAUAGAACCAUUCGUGACAAUAUUCCAUUGGGAUGUCCCCCAAACUUUAGAAGACGAGUAUGGCGGUUUUUUAAACCGACGUAUAGUGGGAGAUUACAAGGAUUACGCUGAACUUCUAUUUCAAAGAUUCGGGGAUAGAGUGAAGUUUUGGAUCACAUUUAAUCAACCUUACACGUUUGCUAACAAAGGUUAUGGAGAUGGAACAUUUCCACCGGGGCGAUGUACAGGUUGUGAAUUUGGAGGAAAUUCUGGUACAGAACCUUAUAUUGUUGGUUAUCACCAACUUCUUGCUCAUGCUACAACUGCAUUUCUAUAUCGACAAAAAUACAAGAGGACACAAGGUGGCAAGAUAGGAAUAAGCUUAAUUGGAAGAUGGUUUGUGCCUUUAAAUGAAGCAAGCGUUUCAGAUCAGAUGGCUGCGGGGCGAGCAAUUGAUUUCAUUGUUGGAUGGUUCUUGGAUCCUCUGGUGUAUGGAGAUUAUCCGAAGAUUAUGAAAGAUACUUUAGGGGAAAGAUUGCCGAGAUUUACUCUUCUAGAAUCUCAAUUAGUGAAAGGAUCCAUUGAUUUUCUAGGUUUAAACUAUUACUUCACACAAUAUGCAACUGAUUCCUUGCGACCCAUUUCGACACCACCCAACAUCCAAACUGAUCCAAGAGCCAAUAUUAGCUUUUCUCGUGGUGGAGUUCUAAUUGGUGUUCAAAGUGCUAAUUUUGUGUAUUAUCCUCCUGGACUCCGUCAAAUUCUAAACUAUAUCAAAGACAAUUACGCAAACCCACUUACCUACAUCACUGAGAAUGGAUUUUCUACAUUUGGCAAUCUAACACUUGCUGAAGCACUAGCAGACCAAGGACGAAUUGAAAGCCACUGUAGUCAUUUGUCGUGUCUGAAAUGCGCAAUCGAGGAUGGAUGCAACAUAGCUGGGUAUUUUCCAUGGUCUUCGAUGGAUAAUUACGAGUUCAGUAGCGGUUACACAAUCCGCUUUGGUUUGAAUUGGGUGAACUUCACUAAUCCAGCUGAUAGAAGGGAGAAAGAUUCGGCUAAAUGCUUCCUAUCUCUCCCUCCUCCUCCAAUAUCUCUUGCAGCUCAAGAGCUUGGGAGAAUCCCCAUGAAGAUAGAUAAUUUGUCAACGAACAAUGAUGGAGUAUGGUUGCAGAAUGAAAACGACCGUAGGUACUAUGGCGAUAUCACAAUCGGCACUCCAGGCCAAACUUUCACUGUUAUCUUUGAUACCGGAAGUGCUAACCUUUGGGUCCCGUCAAAAGAUUUGCCACCCAUGCCUAACCCUCACAAUCGUUACAUCUCAAGUACGCACAAGUACCUUUAAUUAAACACAAUUGUAAGUUUUCGACUGUGUUAUUAUAGUUUGUUUAUAAAAUAUAUUGUCUAAA